AUGAUCAACGCCGUCCUCGUCUUCAACAACAACGGACAACCCCGUUUAACCAAGUUCUACACACAGAUUGACACCCAAACCAAGCAAUCCCUAAUCGCGCAAAUCUACAACCUCGUUUCCCAACGCCCCGCCAGCGCCUGUAACUUCCUCCCCCUCCCUCCACUUCUCUCCCGCGGCGCAAGCUCCGGCGCAGAAAAUGGCCCCUCCGACGCGCCAACCCAAAUCACUUACCGCAACUAUGCCACUUUGUCGUUCAUCAUGAUCUCCACGUCGAUGGAGUCGCCGCUUGCCCUGAUCGAUCUAAUUCAGGUCUUCGUGGAGGCGCUGGAUCGCAUGUUCGAGAACGUGUGUGAGCUGGAUCUCAUCUUCGGGUAUGAGACCAUGCAUGCGGUUUUGAGUGAGAUGAUUGUUGGGGGUGUGGUGGUGGAGACGAAUAUUGACAAGAUUGUCUCGGCGGUGAGGGAUCAGGAGGGUAAUUUGGGCAAAAAGAAGGCUAUUCAGGCGGCUAGUUCGGGGAUUGGGAGGACCGGCCUGCCUGGGUUGGGGGCUUGGAGAUGGAUAGUACUAUGGAUACCUGAGCAUGAGUUUGGCGUUUCUAGGGGAUUUCUUCUUCUUUCCUUUCCCUUGACUGUCAAUCCUGCACCCAACGCCGCCGCGGAUCCCGUCGACAAAAUGCCUGCCCAGAAGUCCGGAAAGAAGACUGCCCCCCUCCCUUACCCCCAGGGUAAGGCUGGCGCUAAGAAGGCUCCCAAGAACCCUCUCAUCGAGAAGCGCCCCCGCAACUUCGGCAUUGGCCAGGACAUCCAGCCCAAGCGCAACCUCGGUCGCUUCGUCAAGUGGCCCGAGUAUGUCCGUCUGCAGCGCCAGAAGAAGAUCUUGAACCUCCGUCUCAAGGUCCCUCCUUCCAUUGCUCAGUUCCAGAACACCCUGGACCGCAACACCGCUGCCCAGACCUUCAAGUUCCUCAACAAGUACCGCCCCGAGACCAAGGUCGAGAAGAAGGAGCGUCUCCACGCCGAGGCCACCGCCGUCGCUGAGGGCAAGAAGAAGGAGGAUGUCUCCAAGAAGCCCUACAACGUCAAGUACGGUCUCAACCACGUUGUCGGCCUCGUCGAGAACAAGAAGGCUUCCCUCGUCCUGAUUGCUCACGACGUUGACCCCAUUGAGCUGGUUGUCUUCCUUCCCGCUCUUUGCCGCAAGAUGGGUGUCCCUUACGCUAUCGUUAAGGGCAAGGCUCGUCUCGGUACCGUUGUCCACAAGAAGACCUCCGCUGUCCUCGCUCUCACCGAGGUCCGCUCCGAGGACAAGGCUGAGUUCGCCAAGCUCCUCUCCGCCGUCAAGGAGGGCUACUCCGACAAGUACGAGGAGUCCCGCCGCCACUGGGGUGGUGGUAUCAUGGGCGCCAAGGCUGUUGCCCGCCAGGAGAAGAAGCGCAAGGCCGUUGAGGGUGCCAUCCGUGUCUAA